UGUGCCUACGUUCUGUAACUCUCGCAUCGAGAAAUUUCUCGCAUGAAACAGGCAAAUCGAAACAAAAAUAAUGUGAAUCGGCACAAAAACUGUUUUCUCACAUUCGCUUGUGUCUGUAUCUUGAAUUUUCUCGACUUGAAACGUUUCGGAAUAAAAUUGACUGGAAGCCUGGAAAAAUGUGAAUAAAACUGUGUCUGUAAAAAAAUUAUCGAGAUAAUUCCUCGAUUUUUCUGUCAAAAUUACUCACAAGCAAAAAUAAUGUGAGAAAGGAAUCAAUGAAAGAUGUCUGAAAAAAAAGAGCCGAAAAACCAAAGAAUUUCCAAAAAUCAAAAAGAAAAGCUGGUGGAAUAUAUGUCCACGCAUUUAGAAUUUGCAAGGGGGCAAUUCGGAACAACCAACGCUAAUGUUAAGAGCCAGGGAGAUUGGCUGGCUUUAACUACAAAAUUAAACUCCUUGGGCGGUAGUAACAAAACUACCGAUCAGUGGAAAAAGUGUUGGAUAGAUCUUAAAUCUGCGGUUAAAAAAAAAAUUAACCUGAAAAGAAGCUUUUUGAAUAAAACAGGUGGAGGGAGCAUCAAAGAUGUUCCAAAUGACUUAAACGGUUUUGAGGAGCAAAUUUUGGGUGUGAUGGGAACCCAUGCAGUGCAUGGUGAUUCAACGGCUGUAGAAUCAGGCGUGGCUCCACUUGCUGAACCUAUGUUCUCCGUCGAUUUAUUAGAAGAUGACUUCUUACAAGAUAUAACACUCGAUGAGAGUAACUUGGAGCCACCACCAAAAGUAUCUAAAGUUGAGCCAAGUAUCAAAACUUCUGAUCCAUCAAGUUCCUUAAAACCGAAGUCCACCGAAGCACCACCAUCAGCUCGAUUCAAGACUGGAAUUGAAACAGCAAAGGAGAUGCAUGGUGCAUUGGUAAAAGACAUCAAACAAAUACAUACAAAAAUCGACAACAUGGAAAAAAAAAUUGAAAUCAUUGAAAAGCAAAACAAUGAUUUGUUACAAAAAGUUGAUUUAUUAAUUAAUUUGUUCCGAACAGAUGUUUAAAUUAAAGAUGUAAGACCAAUAUAUAUUUUUCAUUCAAUUUUUUUCGCGAAGUUUCGAGAAUGGUCACCCUCUUCACCAAGUCCCUUAAAUAAAAAUAUUAUAUAAUGAAUACAACUAUCUUUAAACCCAUAACAAAUAAUUUAUUUAUACUUACAAUUGAACAAUAUUUGUUGAAAGACAACAAAUUUUUGAUUUAUACAAAAAUAACAAAAUAUUUAAUAGGAAA